GAGAGCCCUAAUAUUCCGCAUUUCAGUGGCGGUCUACUCUACCUCCUCUCUCAGUGUCGCACGGUGAACUCGCUCUGCUCAAGAUUGUAGACAGGAAGCAGGAAAGAACCAGAAAAUGUAUCUGAAGUCGCAUUUGUCAUGGAAUGUAGUAAUUCAUGCUGAGAACCUUGAUGCCAAAGGUUUGAUGCUUCAGAAGGCAAUUAUUAUUCGCCUCCUAGAUGACUUUGCUGCCAAGAAGGCCACAAAGGCCCUUGGCUACUAUCUUGCUGUGACCACAUUGGACAAGGUUGGAGAAGGCAAGGUCAGAGAGAACACGGGGGAUGUACUCUUUCCUGUAGAAUUCAACUGCAUCUCAUUCAAGAUAUUCCGAGGAGAGAUUCUGGAAGGUGUUGUUCACAAAAUUCUGAAACAUGGUGUCUUCCUGAGAUGUGGACCCAUUGAGCAUAUAUAUCUCUCCCACCAAAAGAUGUCCGAUUAUCGUUAUGUACCAGGAGAAAACCCCAUCUUCAUGAACGAUAAGAUGUCAAAGAUCGAGAAAGAAACUGUAGUGCGUUUCAUCGUGAUUGGGGAGAAGUACGUAGAGGCUGAGAAGGAAUUCCAGGCCGUCGUCAGCUUGGAGGGUGAUUACCUCGGCCCCGUUUCCCAGAACUCCGUUUGAUUCCAGCCUGUAUGACUUUAGUGCUUAUGCUAUGUGUAGACUCUUACUUUCAACAUUAACCUGUCUGCUGUGUAAAGAAAGCUACUUGACUUUGCAAAACUAUGCAUACCUGUAGCCCUGUGUGGGAUAUUAUGAUGCUGACUUAGAUGCUGCUGUUUGUGGACACCCUUUUAGGGAGCUUAUCUUUGUGGCCAGAA